AAAUACAUCGACAGACAGAGCUUAUAAAGGGGGAGGAUGUUACGAUAAAGUUUCACUAGUGUUUCACCCAUUUGAUACGACGUUUCAUGCAAAAACAAUCAUGAAGCGUUUAUUACUAAUAUUUUUUGUCCUUACAGUGGUGAUAUCUGCUCAUGCUGGCCUGGUCAAGCGUGAGGAGGAGAGUGUCGAAGGAGGAUUGACAGGAUUAAUGCAGAAAAUAAAAAAUUUUGCAAUGAAACUACCAUUCGUUGGGGAAUUGAUAGGAGAUACUAUUGGAAAACUUAUAGAUUGGUAUGAAAAACUCCAGGAAAUGACUGAUGGAGCCAUUGGGCGAUUACUUGGUGGUGCAUUCCCAUGUACAUUAACGUUGGAUAGCUUCGCUUGUUCUGGUACAACCCUCGGUGACAAUUUGUCAACUAUGGUUGGAAAAAUGCUAAAACCGUUACCCUCGAUGUUCUUCCCUGACGGUUUGAAAGAUAUUAUUGAGUGGAGCAUUGACUUUUUCGUUGAACCGGUACUUGACGUUGUCUUUGGUGGAGUAACAAAACCAGAAGCUGCACAAAAUUAAUUUUAUCCAUUCUUUUAUAUUUAAUUAUUAUUAUUAUUAUUAUUAAUUUAUUUUAUCAAUAUUAUAUGUAAGAAUUUAUUAUUGUUAUAAAUUCUAAAGUCAUUGAUGUGUUUUGUAAUAAAGAUAUUAAUAAAUUUUAUUAAUAUUCAA